AAAGCAGCAAUUACAGCCGAACAAGUACCAACGCCUAUACUGAGUAUUAUAUUUGAAACAACUUUUUAAAGCAACGGAAGAGCCUAAAACAAAAGAAAUACAGCACUUCUUAAACAUAUCAUUUCUAGAAAAAGCUAUUUUAACACAAGCAACUCCAAGAAAUCUCUUUUACAGACUUGGGUAUACUGAGAAAUGGUCCUCUCAAACACAGCCUUUUGAUGGAUGGGAGUUUUUAAGUGUCAUGCCCACCAUCAAGCUAUAAGAUGACCACCCCUCGAGAUCAGGCUCAACCCGGCCCUCCUAUCGACUCACAUCCAGAUGAAUACAAAAUCGCAGCCCUUGUCUUCUACAGCUGUAUCUUCAUAAUUGGAUUAUUUGUUAACGUCACUGCCUUAUGGGUUUUCAGUUGUACCACCAAGAAGAGAACCACUGUAACCAUCUACAUGAUGAACGUGGCACUACUGGACUUGAUAUUUAUCAUGAGCUUGCCCUUUCGAAUGUUUUAUUAUGCAAAAGGUGAAUGGCCGUUUGGAGAGUACUUCUGCCAGAUUCUUGGGGCUCUCACAGUGUUUUAUCCAAGUAUUGCCCUGUGGCUUCUUGCUUUCAUUAGUGCCGACAGAUACAUGGCCAUUGUACAGCCGAAAUACGCCAAGGAGCUUAAAAACACGUGCAAGGCCGUGCUAGCGUGUGUGGGAGUCUGGAUAAUGACCCUGACGACCACCAUCCCGCUCCUACUGCUCUAUGAAGACCCAGACAAGGCCUCCACCCCCGCCACCUGCCUCAAGAUUUCUGACAUCAUCCACUUAAAAGCUAUUAACGCGUUGAACUUCACUCGACUGAUAUUUUUUUUCUUGAUUCCCCUGUUCAUCAUGAUCGGGUGCUACUUGGUCAUCAUUCACAGUCUCCUUCACGGGAAGACAUCUAAGCUGAAGCCGAAAGUCAAGGAGAAGUCUAUACGGAUCAUCAUCACCCUCGUGGUGCAGGUGCUCGUCUGCUUCAUGCCUUUCCACAUCUGCUUCGCCUUCCUGAUGCUGGGAGGGGACGAGAACAGCUACAACCCCUGGGGAGCCUUCACCACCUUCCUCAUGAACCUCAGCACCUGCCUGGACGUGAUUCUCUACUACAUUGUUUCAAAACAAUUUCAGGCUCGAGUCAUUAGCGUCAUGCUGUACCGCAAUUACCUGCGGAGCGUGCGCAGAAAGAGCUUCCGCUCAGGCAGCUUACGGUCGCUAAGCAACAUGAACAGUGAAAUGUUAUGAGGGGUCAUUGUUUGUCUCCAGUCUCUUUAAAUUCACUUUACUAUCUUAGGGGCAAUGGAUUUUAUGUAUGAUAUUCUCAGGUCCCUUCUCUCCUGAAAAAAAGAAUAAACUUUAAAAAC